UGUGGAUAUAAUAAAGAAUCCUUUGAAAAGCUUUGCAAAAGAGCAUCCCACGAGCUCUCUCUCUCUCUCUCUCUCUCUCUCUUUCUCUCUUUUCUUCUCUCAGUGUUGUGUUGUUCUCCAAAAGCUCUCAAGUUAUUGUUGGAGUUCAAGAACUUCACCAUCACUAGCAAAUAAGAGAAAAUCCAAGCAACUUCUUAGUUUAUCAAUAAAAACUAAUGGUUGUUUGAGGCUUGAAGACUGCUCCUGCGCGUCUCUCAAAGCUCUCCAUCGACCACUUUGCCGGUGCUUGUCUCCCUUCUCUUCACCAAAAACAAAUCCUCCACACAUGCUCCUCGGUUUCCCCUCCUUCUCCUCCUGGACCUUCUUCUUUAUCUCUCUCUAGCUAGACCACUUCCAUCACCACCAGCACCGCUACCACUACCACAACGUACACAUUGAUUGCAAAGUUGCAAGUGAAAAAGAGUAAGGUCUGAGUUAAGAUGAUAACAUGGGUAGAUUUCUACCACGUUAUGACGGCCAUGGUGCCGUUAUACGUGGCUAUGAUCUUAGCCUAUGGUUCAGUCAAAUGGUGGAAAAUCUUCUCACCGGACCAGUGCUCCGGCAUAAACCGUUUUGUUGCUCUCUUCGCCGUUCCACUUCUUUCCUUCCACUUCAUCUCCACCAACAACAUUUACACAAUGAACCUCAAGUUCAUCCUUGCUGACACUCUCCAAAAACUCAUUGUUCUUGCCAUGCUAACCAUUUGGGCAAGGUUGAGUCGAAGAGGGAGUUUAGAAUGGACCAUCACUCUCUUCUCACUUUCAACUCUUCCAAACACUCUUGUCAUGGGCAUUCCUUUGCUUAAAGGAAUGUAUGGUGAGUAUUCUGGCAGUCUAAUGGUUCAAAUUGUGGUGCUCCAGUGUAUCAUUUGGUACACUCUAAUGCUAUUCAUGUUUGAGUACCGUGGUGCUCGGUUGCUUAUCUCGGAGCAGUUCCCGGACACCGCCGGAUCCAUUGCGUCCAUCGCCGUAGACUCCGACGUCAUGUCGUUGGAUGGACGGAACAACGAGUUGGAGACUGAGGCUGAGAUUAAAGAAGAUGGUAAGCUUCACGUCACUGUGCGGCGCUCUAGUGCUUCACGGUCAGACAUCUACUCGCGCCGCUCGCAUGGUUUCUCGACCACUACUCCUCGGCCAUCAAACCUCACUAACGCCGAAAUCUAUUCGCUUCAGUCGUCGCGCAAUCCGACACCGCGUGGUUCUAGUUUUAACCACACUGAUUUCUACUCCAUGGUUGGCCGGAGCUCUAACUUCGGCGCCGCUGAUGCUUAUGGCAUCGUUGCUGCUUCCCGUGGACCGACCACACCGAGACCUUCCAACUAUGAAGAUGACAAUCAGCAACAACACCAUGCGAGUAAGACUAGAUUUCAUUACCCGGCGCCUAACCCAUCUGUUUUCUCUGCCGGUGGUGGCGCCGCCGCGCCGAAGAAUGCUGCUGUUGCUGCUAAGAAAGCUGCAAAUGGACAAGCUCAUUUGCUUAAGCCUGAUGAUGGUGGUAAUAAAGAUCUUCAUAUGUUUGUAUGGAGCUCUAGUGCUUCUCCAGUCUCCGACGUGUUCGGAAACAACCCUGACUUUGGUUUGGCUCCUCCUCCUCCUCCUGAUCCUUCAGCUAAAGAAGUCCGUCUUGCUGUUUCUCCAGGCAAAGUUGAUGGGAGGAAGGAGAACAGAGAUGAGUACAUGGAAAGAGAGGAGUUUAGUUUUGGAAACAGAGGGAUGAUGGUGGAAAGAGAUGCUGGUGAACUUGAUACUGCUAAUGAGAAAGCUCAAGAGAGUAACAUGAAGAAUGGAGCUGGUGCUAAAGCUACAACAAUGCCACCAACGAGUGUGAUGACACGGCUCAUUCUUAUCAUGGUUUGGAGAAAACUCAUCCGCAAUCCCAACACUUAUUCCAGCCUUAUUGGCCUCAUUUGGUCUCUAGUUUGUUUCAGAUGGAACUUUGAAAUGCCGGCUAUAAUUGUGAAGUCAAUCUCAAUACUGUCAGAUGCUGGUUUAGGAAUGGCCAUGUUCAGUCUUGGACUGUUCAUGGCAUUGCAACCAAGAAUCAUUGCAUGUGGGAACUCAGUGGCAUCGUUUGCUAUGGCAGUGAGAUUCCUCACCGGCCCUGCAGUCAUGGCGGCUUCUUCCAUUGCUGUUGGUCUCCGUGGUGAUCUUCUUCACAUUGCCAUUGUACAGGCUGCUCUGCCUCAAGGCAUUGUGCCAUUCGUCUUUGCUAAAGAGUACAACGUGCACCCAGACAUUCUCAGCACUGCGGUGAUAUUUGGGAUGCUGAUAGCAUUGCCAAUAACACUGGUGUACUACAUUUUACUGGGACUUUGAUUGUAAAAACAGUGAAGAGAGAAAGAGAGAGAGAGAGUGAGACUUUGAGGGGACAAAGAGUGGCAGCCCCACAAAAUGGGCAGAAGGGCCAGCAGGAGAAGCAAAAGCACCUGAAGAUGUGGGACAUGAAUCUGAUCUUCUUAUUACUCUUCUUCUUCUUUUAUCUUCUUCUUCUUCUUUAGAGAGAAAGAUGAAAAAGGAAAAAAAAAUAUGUAAAAUUACUUCUCUUCUCUUCUGUUUUCUUUGGUCCUUCUUCUUGAUUAUUGUAUGUUAGAAUUUUAUUUUUGACUUGUUGUUGUACUUGUGUUGGUUCCCAAAUGUUGUGCUUUGUGUUUAGGUCUCUCAUGAAUUAAUGUUUUUCCAAUCAA